AGCACAAACAAUAGUUUCCGGUGGGCUGGUCUGACAGUUUGCAGCAACGAAGAAGAUAAACAAAAACUAGAUGGAAGUGUACAUUAUAGUUUAAAAGAAAAUGUUGCAAUUUUUGUUGGGAUUUACUUUGGGAAAUGUAGUUGGGAUGUUCCUGGCACAGAACUAUGAGGUCCCAAACAUUUCUAAGAAGAUUGAAGAGUUCAAGAGAGACGUGGAGGCUAAGAAGAAACCCCCGGGUUCCUGAAAUGGAGAGGAUACUUCAGUCAAGAGAUGAGGAGGUGGGGGGGGGGGAAUUAAACAUUGAGCAUCUGUUCAGUAUCUAAAUACUGUCUAUUAAUGCAACAUUUUGAAUUAAGUAGACCUGUUAAGCAAAUGGCGAUUUAUUAUCUUUUUUUUUUUUUUGUAAAAAGUUCCUCGAACAAUCAGCGUAGAACCGUAGAAUAGAAUGUUAAGAAAAUGGCACAACCCUUUGGAAAUGUUACAGGAGAAAACUGCAAGCCUAUAAACUAUUUAUCAUCAUCUGUUGGGAUUUGGCUUUUAUUAGAUACCUUUUGCUUAGUGUUGAAGACCCAGAAACCAGGAUUCCACAUGGAUUUCAAGAACCCCUUAUUUUUACAUGUAAUCCCAAGAUAGCCAUGGAUUGGUGAUUGAUGCAUUUCCCCAGUACGGUAUUAAUCCAGUUUAUCCCAGCGAAGAAUACAGUAGGAUUGAUUUAUAGUAAAUCAAGUUCUUGUAACUGAUUUCACAGAUGUGUGUAACUUCCAAACUGCUUUAAACAACACUGGGGCAUGUCAUUGCACUUUAGAAAGUGGGGUGUGUAUGUGCUCAUUCAUUGUACACCACACCCUGUGUAGGAGAAAUGCUGAAACUGUUAUUGUGACAAAGCAAAAACAGUGUGGGUCAUCAGUUAUCAAAUAGCUUUUAAUCAAGUAUUUAUAAAAAUAUGUUUUAAAGAAUAAACAUUAUUUUUCUGUUUUGA